AUGUCUGCCUCGACUAUUUACAGCAGUUCCUGCGCUGCUAGUUUGGGCCGUUUGAAUCUUGCGGCUGGUUCAGGUAAAGUGGGAUCCUGGUGUGCUAAAAGGAAUGACGUCAAUCAAUGGUUACAAAUUGAUCUUGGCAGUCCCACGACCGUCACUAAAGUAGCCACCCAAGGAAGGCAGGAUGCAUCUCAAUGGGUAACGAGCUACUCACUAUCUUACAGCUUGACCGGCUCUUACUGGGUUCAGUACACUGUGCGAGGGAAAAAGAAGGUAACUUCCUUUUUACUCAGUGACAGUGAAUUGUUACAUGUAGCUUUUUGGAAUAACCACUGGUCUAUUACAGAUUUCCCAGGGCUUAUACCUCACGUAAAGGUGGCUUUAGGUAAUAUAUUGGUAUCAGUGUUCCUGUGAGAAAGACACUUCUGGUAUUCCGGUAUCUUCGAGCUUGCAAGUUUUAAAAUGUAGCAAAGAGGUUCUUCUUCAAAUUCUUAAUCAUCAUUUGUAGAGUAGGCUUUGUUUUCAGCCUUCUCCUCUCAAAUCAAUCAGAGUUCCUAGUAAAGACGAAUGGUAAUACUUUGAGAAUAAAUGAAAGAGUUCUCUUUCAGAUAGAUACUGCUCUCACGACUGGUAUGAAAGCAACCGAAAUUUUACCACUCAGAAUGGUUACUAUCUUCUUGACACGUGACUUGAUGAUGCAUAUUUUUUUCCUGUAAUAAACACAAUUAUUGUAGGUUAGUUUUCAGUGGCCUCUUACAUGAAUAUGGUACUUUGAAUUGAAAUUCUUAAUUUUCUUCAGGUUUUUCGGGGAAAUUUCGAUCGUAAUACCAUUGUUAUCCACCAGACCUUCCCACCAAUCCAUGCCCGGUUCGUCCGCAUUCAUCCUUUAACUUGGCAAAGCCACAUCAGCAUGCGUACUGAGUUGUACGGUUGUCCUAUCAGGGUAAGGGGAACAUAAUUUACUUUGUUAUUACUGUGAUAUAUAAAGCAAAACAGACAAGAAAUGCUUGUAGCGUUUUAAUCUACCAAGAUUUUGCCCUAUAUUAGAUUUCUAUGCAGGCUUGAUGGGAGUCUGAUGAGUGUAGACAGGCAAACAGCACCGAGAAAGAGCGGUAAAGAAAGUCUGCUUAUUACCAAAUUCAUGUGUCGGUUGCAAACUUAAUCAGUAGACCUAAGGUUUAAGCAACACAUUUUCCAAGAUACCUCGAUUUCGCAGCGAUAUCCCGAUGGGAAACGAUAUACCGCCCAGUGCGUACGAAUGAAAAACAAUAAUAAUGCUAGAACGUAACAAUGAUACUACUCGCGAUUUUCGCAAUAAUCGUCGAUUAUCUAUCGUUCGCAUUAUUUUUACAUAAUACCAAGGCAUAAUUCAAGAAUGAUACACC